UCGAGCGCGAGCGAGCCUAAAUCCUAAAUCGAGCGCGCAAUAUCCUAAAUGGAGCGAUAUCAUCAUCCCAGCGUUCUUUCUUUAUGUUACAGCGACUGCAACGAGAUUGAGGCACUCGAGACACCUGGACGUGAGAUCGCAGUUCCCGGACGAGGAGAAAUUACCGUUCUAUGAGAAUAACAGCCACAAGCCAGUGUUUGUCGAUUGUAAGAAUUAUGCGCCGUCGGUAGACGAGGAUGUACCGCGCAACACAUAUGUAUUUCAAGUGCACGCCGAGGACAAGGAUCCGCCGGAGAAUGGAGGUACCGUCACGUACAAAUUCAUAUCCGACCGCAGCGAGAGGCUAAAAUUUGAGAUCAAUAAUAUGACUGGCGUGAUCACGACGAGCGUAAUGUUCAUAGACAGGGAUGAACCCUUCAAAGAGAAAGAAUUCUACCUCACAGUACACGCGAGCGACAACGGAAGGCCGCAGCUCGACGACCUGUGCACAUUUAAAGUCACCGUCAACGACAUCAAUGACAACGAGCCCGUUUUCGAUAAAGUGGUCUUCCGUGGACACAUGUGGAAGGCGUACACGGAAUCCGUGCCGCGAGAUUUACCCGUCGGUCGCGAAGUCAUGAGAGUCUCCGCCACCGACUUCGAUGACGGCGAGAAUGGCACCGUGCGUUACAAUCUGUCGGCUAAGCUGGCGGACGAUGAGGCGUACUUUCGGAUCGACAGCGAGACCGGUAUCAUCUACCUCAAGAAAGCUAUAGACCACGACCCAGGUUAUAGAUUCAAUAUGAUAGCCAGAGCCACAGAUCUCGGCAAGCCUCCAAAGUCUAGCGCCAUUGAUCUCGACAUACGGGUGGUAGAGUCGCACAAGAAGGCGCCAGCUUUUCUACCCAGGUCAAUGGCGCCGAUCAAGCUAAUGGAGAACUUUACGGACUUUGAUGCCGUCAUAGUCCGUCUGAAAGCAGUCUCGAAUGUCAAUGACUCGAAUGAGCUGCGUUUCGAACUGGUCAGCGGCAGGACGGAGCAGACCAACAAGAGGAGCACCUUUAGAUUAGAAUCGAACAAGGACGUGGCGGACAUCAAGCUGUCCGAGUCUCUUGAUUAUGAAAAGAACACUCAAUACACGUUGAUAGUACGAGUGAAGAAUACAAAUGGAUUGGCCGCCGAAACGUUGGUCGAAAUCGAGGUUCUCGAUGUAAAUGACAGAAUUCCAGUCUUUCGCGAGAUUACGGGAGGCAGCGUGUUAGAAAAUGAGCCGCCAGGAGUGCCGGUGAUGCAGAUACAGGCCAUCGAUGAUGAUGGGACGGCUCCCCACAACCAGGUCCAUUACGAGUUGGCCUCCUUCAAUAAGCAGUUCACCAUUCACAGCCAAACUGGCAUGAUCACGACACUGGUGACAUUCGACAGAGAAGUACGAGAUCAUUAUGACGUGAAGGUAAUAGCGAAGGACAAUUCGCCGAGUGCUCUGUUCAAAACCGGCGAGCCCAACAGGGCGGAGCUUAUGUUCCGGAUAGAUAUCGCCGAUAAGAAUGACAAUCCACCUCGCUUCACCGAGAAAGUGUACACUCACAAUGCGGUUUACGAGAACGCCAAUAUUAAUGGCUACGUAACCAAUGUCCAGGCUGUCGAUCCCGACACAGCGAGUCUCGUCACGUAUAGCAUCAUAGCGGGAAAUACCAAUGGUAGCUUUUCCAUUCACAGUACGACGGGGAAUAUAUACGUGAAUAAGACGUUGGAUUACGAGCAGAUUACCAAGUACAAUUUGACCGUGAGAGCGUUCGACGGUGUGUUCAACGAUACGGCGCAGGUGGAGAUUUUUGUAGAGAACGUGAACGACAACCCGCCGGUCUUCGAGCACUUUGACAUAAAUCCGACGAUAGAGGAGGAGAAAUUGGUGCCUGGAUGUAUCACCACCGUGGUCGCUUACGAUCCAGACAUCGUAGACAGGACAGCCGACCAGCAUAUCGUGUACUCUAUCGAUGAGAAUAAGGAAUCUCUCAUCGGGAUCGACAAAAGUGGCUGCAUGAAGCUGAAGAAGCCGCUGGACCGUGAUCCGCCGAAUGGCUAUUCGAUAUGGAAUGUCAUCGUAAUAGCGAAAGACGAAGACGGCUCGACUACGGCGCUACGCAACUCUAUAAUCGUAAACAUCACUCUGCUUGAUAUAAACGAUAACGCACCAUUCCUCGAUAUGCCUUAUCCGGUGAUUUGGGACGAGAAUAAGGAACCCGCCAAGAUAACCGAGCUCAAAGCACGCGAUUACGAUUCCCAGGAGAAUGGUCCACCAUUCGAGUUUCGGAUCGACGAUAGCGCGGACGACGAGGUCAAAGCCAAGUUCAGCAUUCACAAAUCUGCUUUGCACGCGCUACAAAUCUUCGAUCGGGAGCAGCGGAAGAGCUACGAUAUACCGAUCGCGAUUACGGACAACGGUACGCCAUCUAUGACAGGCACCUCGACGCUCACUGUCAUCAUAGGCGACGUAAAUGACAAUGACAUGGCGGAGGGCUCGAGUUCGAUAUUCGUUUACAACUACAAGGGGGAGGCCCCUGACACAGAAAUCGGGCGCGUUUAUGUCAACGACCCGGACGACUGGGAUCUGCCGGAUAAAUCCUUCGAGUGGGCCUCCUCCUCUUCCCAUGACGGGUUCCUGCUGAACAGCAGCACCGGCAUGAUCACUUUGUUGUCAGGCACGUCGAAUGACACUUUCGUACUCAAGUUCAUGGUCACCGAGAAGAAGGAGUUCGGGAAAAAGUUGAUUCAAGUAAACGCGUACGUAAACGUCACCGUCAAGGAACUGCCGGAGGAGGCCGUGGAGAGGUCCGGUUCGGUGCGAUUUUACGGAAUAAACGCGGAGAAAUUCGUCGAGCCCGACGAAUCCGGCGUAAGCAGGAAGGAGAUAUUCCAGGAAAAGGUGGCGUCUAUGCUGAACGUCUCGGUCGAGAACGUGGACGUGUUCACUGUGCUCCAUUCGCCUCAUUACAACAACAGAAGUCUGCUCGAUGUUCGUUUCUCGGCGCACGGCAGUCCAUAUUACGCUCCCGAGAAGCUAAACACGAUUCUCGCGCAGCGGUCGAAGGAGAUUGAACGCGAGAUGAGAGCGGAUAUCUUGCUGGUGAACAUUGACGAGUGCCUGUUUGAGAAGGUGCAUUGCAAUAAUUCGUGUCGCAGUUACUUGAACGCCAGCACCGUGCCGUAUUCCGUCUACACCAACACCAGCUCGUUCGUUGGCGUCAGAGCGGUCGUGGAUCCGCAAUGCACUUGCCAUGUGGCAGAACCGAUCGUCUGUCUGAACGGCGGCACUCCGCUAGCGGAACGAUGCGAAUGUCCGCCUGGUCUGGAAGGACGGAGGUGCGAACUAUUGAGCAUCGGCUUCUACGGGGACGGUUGGGCCAUUAUGCCGCCGCCUGGCCAAGCCUGCGAGGAGUCGCAUCUCGGAUUGGAGAUAACACCGCAUGUCGACAACAGUCUCGUAUUCUACUUCGGUCCCAUAACUUACAGUCCGAAACUUGGAAUUCAGGAUUUCAUGGCUCUGGAGUUGCAGCAAGGAUACGCCGUGUUGUACAUUGACUAUGGCACAGGAACAGCGCGGCUAGAGCAGAAACAAAUCAAAUUAACGGACGGCAAGAGUCACAGAAUAGAUGUUUUAUGGACGAAAACGUCAAUAGAGUUAAAAGUGGAUAAUUGCGCUAUAUCUGCCUGCCUGAGUCUCACCGCGCCGCAAGGAACCAACGAGUUUCUCAAUGUCAACGGCCCGAUGCAAGUCGGUGGCACGUUGAGUAAUUUAGCGUACUUGGCGACGAAAUUGGGAUGGGAUCAUAAACCUACCGAGAAAGGAUUCGUUGGUUGUAUACGCAACAUGUCAAUCAACGGAAAUACUUAUAAUUUAGGUAUGCCGUCGUUAUCGAAAAAUGCAGAUCCUGGCUGUAAUCACGGUAUGGCGAAGGCUGUAUCGUUCGGCAUCGAUACGAAUUUUCUAGUCGCUAUAUUAGUCUGCGUAGCGAUAUUGUUGAUCCUACUGUUGGCGGUAGUCGUCCAGAGGAGAAAGACGGACGACUUAUAUAAGGAUAUGGAUGAUAUCAGAGAAAACAUUAUCAAUUAUGAGGAUGAAGGUGGCGGUGAGGUUGAUACGGGGUACGACUUGAACGUGCUGCGAGCCAUUUACGACGCGCCGCCUAUCGAUUCUAAGAUAGCUCCGGUUGGUCUGCAGGGUAGAGGAACCGACGAAGUUCCCGACAUAUGCGGCUUCUUAGAUGGCAAGAAGGAAAGCUGCGAUAAGGAUCCGGAUACUAAUCCCUUUGACGAUGUAAGACAUUACGCUUACGAAGGGGAGGGCAACUCGGAAGGCGACUUAUCGUCGUUAGCUUCCUGUACUGACGAUGGAGAUCUCAAGUUCAAUUAUCUAUCUAAUUUUGGACCAAGAUUCAGAAAAUUGGCAGAUAUGUACGGAGAAGAUCCUAGUGACGAGGAUAGUGACGGUGUUGGCGAACGGGAGAGCGAAAGCUGGUGUUGAGCUUUCCCUCAUCGUUAUUUCAUUGCCAGAAGAUGCACGCAGUUCGCACGAAAACAGGCAUAGGCCAGCGUCAAAUAUCUGCGGCACGUACUUGUAGUUAUGUGAAUCGCAUGAACUAAGCGAAACUCGUGAACUGUGUGCAUCUAUGUACGCAUGCGUGAAUGUGUGAGUGAGUGAGUGAGUGAGUGUAUGUGUGUGUGUGUGUGUGUGUG